AUGUCAUCUCUUGAUCUACUACUGGAACGCCUCGUUAACAAUUGCUCGAUUUACGAUGAAAUGCCACACUCGUUCGAUGAUACACUUAUCGAUAAGCUUGUUGAUAGCAUUGAAUUUGAAGAAAGUAGCAUAAUAGUUGUUCGAAACUUUGUGAAAAGUAUUGAUUUCGAGAGCCGAUGCAUUCCGAUUCAGAUGAUCAUUCGCCUGCUAGACGCGGCUAUUGUGAAAAAAAAGUUCCACGAUGACGAAUUGCUUCUAGAAUUCGUUCAAGGAAGUGAGGAUCUUCUGCCACAAGCUCGUCCGCCUAAACUGCUCGACGAUUUGUUCAGAUUUUAUCAAAGACCCGAGGUUUUUGCGAUUCGGAAACCAGAUGCGUGGCUUCCUGUAAUCCGAUGGGCAAUCAACGAAAUUGAUGAUGACAGCACGUCUGUUUUCCUCCGUCGCCAAUACCAAACAUUCAUCUGCCAACUACAAUCGUCCGAUGCUCGACGUCUUCUUAUUAUCUCUGGAGCCGUGGAGAUUUUCAUUCGCCGAACGCGUCGCGGUGAACAAUCAAAUUUCAUUGUCGACGUUGUCACCAGAAUUCUAGACCGGUACUCCGAUGAUUUGGAGGUGGAGGAACUGCACAGCUACGUGGAAAGUAUCAGGAAUGCAGCGAGAAUCGGGGAGAAUUCGUUGAGGUUAUUAGUAAAGUUGAAAGAACUCCAUCAAACGCUAACGAUCCCAUUGACACCAGGCACCUGGCAGUGUGAAUCAAAUCGUGUGGAUCUCAUCUGCUUUCUUCUCGAAUCAAAUCCAGAUCCAUGUCAUGGAAUAAUGGCAUUCAGUGAUGGUGGAAACGAUGAACGAGUUCAAAAUGUGGAUCAACUCGUUGACCUACUUCUCUAUUCCCCAGCCGUCAAACUUCAUCACAAAACAAAAAUUCUUCAUCGAAUGAGUGAAAAGCAAGUGAAGACAUUCUUAGAACAGCUGAAUGAGGAAGUCAAGGUGGAGAAUAAAGUCCGAAUUCCGGAGUUGUCAAAGCUUCUGCCGAAAUUGGCUCCACGUGUCACCGUCCAGCAAAUCGCUACACUUUUCGAGUCCCUUGGUGCCCGUGUUCUGGAAUCCAGCUUACUUCUUCGUGAGCUCAGUCGUGUCUACGGUCCAGAUAUAUUUAGUCGUCCAGAGCUGAGUGAAUUCAAGAAUCGUCUUCGUGCUCGUCUGACCGAUAUGAUUCGCACUUCUGCGUUGGAAUCCGAAUGGGAGCAGACGGAUACAGCAUUAGAAAUCGCGUAUAUCUUCCCGUGCUUUUUGCCAGAGAGCGAGGACCUUCAAGCGCUCUCCAAAAGCAGCCGAAACUCUCCGUACGUUAUGUCGAUGGUGUUGAAACUGAUGCGUGAUCAUUACGGUGGAAUUCCUGAUGACCUCCUUCGUUUCUAUAUUCUAGAAUCGGCGGAUCCGGCUCCUAAGCUCGUUUGCAUGCGUUAUCUAUGCUCACCAAUGAUUUUUGGAACUUUGUCUCGAGAGGAAAUUGUGGAAUAUCUGGAAGCUGGACUCUCAGAUAAUGGAAUGGAUAUGCGGCAGGAGGCGUUGAAACUAGCGGAGCUAGCAAUGUCGAAACUGAAUUUGAAGGAUACCAUGAUAGAUAUGUUAACCGAAUAUAAAAAUGACCGCUGGAUCGGCCGUUACGUUCGUCGUUUGCUGUACGAAGAGCAUGUGGUACAGGAGAACGAGUCGGUUGUGAUCGUUCGAGAAAUGCUGGCAUCGUUGAGUGUCCAUGGAAACGACGACGAGAUUAAAGAUUGCUAUUGA